AGCUUGAUAUCCAUUCAGGAAGAGGCGGUUCUGGUUAGCUUAGCUAGCUUAGCGUGCUAAGAAUCCUUAUAGUGCAAAAAUGGCGUCGGUCAACCCGUUCAAUCUCAGUGAUUCUGAGGAGGAGGCUGAACGGCGACCCAAUGAAACAGUUGACACAGAGAGAGGUCCCAGUGAUGGGGCGCCAGGGCCGCCGCCAGGUAAUUCUUUCUCUCCGCCUGCGGACGCCGAGCCCCCGACACUUCUGCUGUCUAGCAACCGGACGAGCCCCAGUGGUGAGGGCUCGGUCUCGAUCGCGGCCACCACCGCUAUGGCAGGCACCACCGAGACACGGAUAUCGGUGGACGGUAUUGCUGCACAGCUAUUACGGGACCAAUACAUCCUCACGGCCCUGGAGUUUCACACCGAACUGUUGGAAGCAGGCAGAGAGCUUCCGAGGCUGAGGGAUUAUUUCUCUAACCCUGGCAACUUCGAGCGUCAGAGCGGCACUCCGCCUGCCAAAGAUCAGGUACUCGGACCUGGAGGACCGCUGAAUCGAGCAAACAGCAUCAGCACCUUGGACUCUCUGGACUUUGCCCGUUACUCAGAUGACGGCAACCGAGAGUCGGACGAGCGACUGGCAGUGCUGGAGUUUGAACUACGGAAAGCAAAGGAGACCAUUCAGGCUCUGCGCGCCAACUUGACUCAGGCAGCAGAGAGCGAAGGUCCCUCUCACGAGAGAAAAAACUUCAAGUCAAGUCCUGAAAUUCAGGAGCCUAUACGCCCACUGGAGAAAAGAGCCUUAAACUUCCUUGUAAAUGAAUAUUUAUUAAAAAAUGAACACAAACUCUCAUCCAUCACCUUCUCCGAUGAAAAUGAUGAUCAGGACUUUGAGUUGUGGGAUGAUGUCGGCCUCAACAUCCCCAAACCCCCCGACCUGUUACAUCUCUACAGGAACUGUGGUACCCCUCUCCCUUCUCCCCGGGACAUGGCUGAUGUGUCAGUAGGGGUGGAUUUUGCCGAUCUUCCAGGAAAAUGCAUUGCCCAAGAUCCCCCAAAAAAGCUUGACCUCUCACAUCAGCAGCAGACAGAAGUUGUCCAAGAGUUGGAAUACCAGAUAAGCCUCCUCAGCAAUGAGAAGCAGAGCCUCGCUGAGCAGAUCAAGAAACUGCAGAGUGAGAUUCAGACACUGAAGAGGACCGUCUCCUCCCCACCUCUGGCUACUCUGGACCUGGGCUUCCAGAAGACAUCUAACCCCUCCCCCUCAUCCACCACCACCAACACUUCCUACACUGACCCUCUCUCUGUGCCUCCUACAGAUAACGGCCAGUAUAUGGACAUCCGGGGGGUUUCAGAGUCUGAAACUAACCCGGACCCCUCCUCUACUCAGACCAUUUCACAGCCUCGCCCACAUUCCCUUCAUGCGCUUAAGAGUCGGCCUCCUGUCCAGUUUGCUCAAUCUAACAGAAAGUUAUCCCCGGCCUUCCUGCAAGCCCUGCUGUCCUUCUGCAGAAUGUGCUCCGACAGCCGCCUGGGAGCAGAGGUGUCUCGUAUAGCAGAGAGUGAGGAGAGUGUGAUGUUAAUGCUGGGCCGCUGCCUCCCUCACAUCGUCCCCAAUGUCCUUCUUGCUAAACGAGAGAGAAUGGUUGCACAUCUUUGCCAGGAGUUGAUCCCGCUCAUCUUAUGUACCGCCUGCCUUCACCCGGAGUCUAGAGAGAGGGACCAGCUCCUCCACAUCCUCUUCAACCUAAUCAAGAGACCAGAUGAUGAGCAGAGACAAAUGAUCUUGACGGGGUGUGUUGCGUUUGCGAGGCAUGUGGGUCCCACACGUGUCGAGGCUGAACUACUUCCUCAGUGCUGGGAACAGAUUAACCACAAAUAUCCAGAGAGGAGAUUGUUGGUGGCAGAGUCCUGUGGAGCCUUAGCACCAUACCUGCCUAAGGAGAUCCGUAGCUCCUUGGUGUUGUCCAUGUUGCAGCAGAUGCUCGCUGAGGAUAAGGCUGACAUGGUCAGAGAGGCUGUGGUCAAGAGUCUGGGUAUCAUCAUGGGUUACAUAGAUGAUGCCGACAAGUACUCCCAGGGUUUUGAGCUGAUGCUGCUCUCACUUGGGGACCCAUCAGAGCGGGUGGUCAGUGCAGUCCACCAGGUCUUCAUUCCUGCCUUUGCUGCCUGGACCACAGAGCUGGGCACCCUGCAAACUGCCCUCUUCCCUUCGCUGUUGGCACGUAUAGAGAAACUACUUAUGCAAGGAGAACAUGGUCUGGAUGAACACAAGCUACAUGUGUUCCUGUCGGCCCUGCAGUCUCUCAUCCCGCCUCUGUUUGCUGUGGUGCUGCAGAACGCACCCUUCACCAGCAGAGCCAAACUCAACGGAGAUAUAGCUGCAAUAGAGGUCACCCGCUUCCCAAGGCCAGCUUCUCCCCUCCAGGACGUGGCAACCAUCAUCGGCAGCAGAGAGAUGCUGAGUGCCCUGCUGCUACUCUACGACUACCAGCUAGAGCAUGAAGGAACCACUGGCUGGGACAGCCUGCUCUGGGUGGUCAACCAACUCCUUCCGCAGCUCAUAGAGAUCGUCGGUCGGAUCAAUGUGGCGUCAUCAACCUGCGUGCACGAGUUCUCUCGCUUCUUCUGGAGGCUCUGUCGCACCUUCGGCAAGAUUUUUACCAACACUAAGGUGAAACCACAGUUCCAAGAGAUCCUCCGACUAUCUGAAGAGAAUGUUGAUACUUCACCCGGGAACGAUAUUCUCACCAAAGCCACAGUCCCCAUCUAUGCCACUGGAGUGCUGACCUGUUAUAACCAGGACGAGGAUCGCAAGUUGUUAGUGGGUUUCCUGGAGGAUGUUAUGACAACCCUGUCUCUGUCCCAUGCACCUCUCGACAGCCUGAAGGCCUCCUUUGUAGAGCUGGGUGCCAACCCAGUGUACCAUGAAUUGCUGCUCACUGUUCUGUGGUAUGGGGUAGUCCAUACCUCUGCACUGGUCCGGUGUACUGCAGCACGGAUGUUUGAGCUGCUGGUGAAGGGGGUGAAUGAGACACUGGUAGCUCAGAGAGUGGUGCCGGCUCUCAUCACACUGUCCUCCGACCCUGAAAUCUCUGUGAGGAUAUCUACUAUACCUGCCUUUGGUACCAUCAUGGAGACCGUCACACAAAAAGAGCUGCUGGAGCGUGUAAAAAUGCAGCUGGCAUCAUUCCUGGAAGACCCUCAGUACCAAGAUCAGCACUCGUUGCACAUGGAGAUCAUCAGGACAUUCGGAAGAGUUGGACCUAAUGCAGAGCCACGCUUUAGAGAUGAGUUCGUGUUGCCACAUCUUCACAAGCUGGCGCUGGCUAACAACAGCCAGACGGUGGAGAGCAAGAGGAUCGACGUUGCCACCCAGCUGUUUGAGGCGUACAGCGCCCUCUCCUGCUGCUUCAUUUCUGAGGAGGUGAUGGUCAACCACUUCCUGCCCGGCCUCAGGUGUCUCCGCGCUGACAUGGAGCAGCUCUCUCCUGAGCACGAGGUUAUUCUGAGUUCCAUGAUCAAAGAGUGUGAAAUCAAGGUGGAAAACAGAGGAAUGGCUGACGCACAAGGCUCCAUGUCCAUCGCCUCCAGUUUGGUGGGUGAAGAUGCCAAGACCAAGUUCCUCAGCAAGAUGGGUCAGCUAACCACCUCUGGCGCCAUGCUGGCCAACGUCUUCCAGAGAAAGAAGUGAUCGACGACUGAUCGACAACUGCAACUAACUGACAAUCCCCCUGCUGUCUUUUGGGAGCAUUUCAUUCUACUGGGAAAAAGCAUCGGUUCAGCUUAAAGUAGAACAAAACCCAUGUGUAGAGUUUAUUCAGUUUCAAGAUAUGAAGGUUUGCUGUAAGUUCUGUUGAUUUCAAAUCUCCAGUGCAGCAGGACUCCAUGCUCUUUUAAGGUGAAGGUUUCCCCCCUCUGCUCAUUCUCCUCUCCUUAAUCCUCAGUCAUGACAAAAGCACUGUCGAUGACGAGGGAUUUGCUUUUAUGGAUGUUGUCAACAUUGUCAUUUCAGAAAGAGGGGAGAGAGAGAGGAAGACACUGAGAGCAGUGUUGAGAUGCACCCAAAGUGGUGACAAAGGACUUGUUUCUCGGGCGUUUCUGGACUUCAUAGUAUCACAGGAUUUAAUUUGAUUUCAGUGCAGUACUUCUUGUGUCGGAAGAGCUUCACUCGUCACUAGGAAACAAAACUCUGAGCACGGCCUGCUGGAUUUCAUGUAGAAUUUCAAACCCCAUCUUGGAGCAGAGAGUUGUACGAUAGAUGCAUUAACAUGCAUUUAUGAUAGAAUAAUUACUAAAAGACGACAAAGCGGCUCUGUUAAUAAUGCCUUGUACAGUGUGUCUGUACGGCUCUCAGAAGUAUUGCAUACUUGAAGCUAUGAAAAAAAAAAAAAAGUCUUGCCUUUGUUUCUUUAAAGUCUGUCACUGGUUUUUGUUUUGACAGCUUGUAUUUUAUAACUUAUUUAUGUCUUAAUGAAAAAGAAAAAAAACUAUUACAACUUCCAAAGAAAUUUGCACUUCACUUUCCUAUUUUCUAUUUUGUUCUUUGAUAUUGUCUAUAUAUAAUUUGUUUUAAUUCAGAGUCUUACACAUGAUAAACACUAUCACUACUGUUGAUGGAUUUCUUUUUUGUUUAUCCGUUUUGGCAAUGUGAAGUCGAAGAGAACACUGCUCAUAAUUAUGCCCUCUGUCCGUUGCAUCUUGUCUCUGUGUUGCAGUGUCUCAGAUAAUUGUACUUUUUUUUUUUUUUUUUUCUAAAGUGGGUAUUUGGUUCUAUUUUCGUUGUUCUUUUUCAAUAUGCUCUACGAGAAAUGAUAACUAACUGUAUCAUACACUGAACUGGAGAGGAUGGUACUCAUUAUGUAUAUUUGAAAUCGGUGUCAUGGUAUAAUAAAAGAUGGACAUGAGUUGUGUACUUAAAUAUA